UUCUGAUCAAAUUCAUAUUAGCCAUUAUCAUCAUUUAUAUUAUUUUAUAAUGUCAAACUUAUGCAACAUAAAUUACAUUUUUAAUAUUUAAGCAACAAACAAACAAAAAAGGAACAAAAUAAACCCAGUUUCUUUUGUUGCUAAGUUAGCAACAACAAAAUAGAAUUUUACCGAAUUGUUAUAAAAGUUCUAUAUCUUCUAUAUGACAUAAUAUAAUUUUUUUGUGUGUGUGAUGUACACAAUUUUCAAAUGUCAAUUAUGAGAUCAUAAAAGAAAAAUACAAAAAAUACAUUUGAUCCUGAUUUAAAAAUUAUACAAACAUUAGAAUAAGUACAACACAAAGAGAAGAUCGAAUAUAUAACGUAAGGAGUGUGUGUGUGUGUGAUCGAUUGUGGAUAAUUGGAGAGAUGAACUAAAUACAACAGAACAUUAGGAUCAUUUAUUCUGGUAACAAUUAUCAUCAUCAUCAUCAUAAAUAUACUACUUAUAAUCAUCAUAAUAAUAAAAUGCAAAAAUCAAUUCGUGCAAAUGAGCAUCAAUUAUAUUAUUUAGUGAAUAAAGCUCGUGAAAAUGGUUUAGCUAAAUUAUCUGGUAAUUUAUGGAAAAGAAGUUUAGAUACUGGUAAAUGGCAAUUACGUUACUUUAUAUUAUAUCAGAAUUUAUUGUUUUAUUUCGAUGGUGAACGUGCAGAAAGACCAUCUGGUGUUAUAUUUUUAGAAAGUUCUUAUUGUGAACCAAAUGUUAAUUUAAAAUCUGGACGAGAUGAUAAAACUGGUGGACAACAAGGAAACUACUUCACGAUAUCAUAUCGUAAAGAAGGUGUCCGUCAAUAUGAUCUACGUGCUGAUACUGAAGAAGAAUAUUUCAUGUGGGUUGAUGCAAUCAAUGGUGCCAGUUUCAGUAAAUUGUUAGAAUUAAAACAAGAAGCUGAACAGAAACAAUUACAUUUAUCACAAAUACUUGAAACAGAACAACGAGCUAAAUGGCAUUAUGUUAAACAAAUUGAAGAAUUAACCGCUGAAAUAAAACAAUUAAAGUAUGAAUUCAAUGAAUAUCGGAUUGAUCGUCGAUUUAAUUUAGAAUUGGAAAAUGAAUCAGAAGAGUUGAGAAAAGUUAAAAAGGUGCAAUCAUUCUUUCGUGGUUGGUUAUGUCGUCGCCGGUGGAAACAAAUUGUUGAAGAAUACAUUCGAUCAGAUCAUGCUGAAUCAAUGCGUCGACGUAAUAGUAUUGUAUUUGGCUUAGUUGAAUGCGAAGACGAAUAUGUUCAACAAUUGUCUAUAUUAGUCACCUGUUACUUGAGACCGUUUCGUAUGGCUGCGAGUUCGAAAAAGCCUAUUGUUAGUCAUGAAGACGUGAAUUCAAUAUUUUUAAAUGCUGAAGCAGUUUUAUUUUUACAUCAAGUUUUUGUUCAAGGUUUACGGAAUAAAAUGGAGAAUUGGCCUACUUUACAAUUAGGUGAUCUAUUCGAUUUAUUAUUACCAAUGUUGGGAAUCUAUCAAGAAUAUGUACGUAAUCAUCAUUAUUCAUUACAAGUAUUAGCAGAAUAUAAACAACGUCCAGAAUUUACACAUAUGCUUAAACGUCUUGAAGAGAAACCAUUAUGUGAAGGUAGAUCAAUUGAAUCGUUUUUAACUUAUCCAAUGCAUCAAAUUCCACGUUACAUAAUCACUUUGCAUGAAUUACUUGCUCAUACACCAUAUGAUCAUGUUGAUAGGAAGAAAUUAGAGUUUGCUACAUCGAAAUUAGAACAAAUAUCUCAUAUUAUGCACGAUGAGGUCAGUGAAACAGAAAAUAUACGCAAAAAUUUGGCUAUUGAACGUAUGAUUGUAGAUGGAUGUGAUUUAUUGCUUGAUGUCAAUCAAGUAUUUGUACGUCAAGGUACAUUAAUUCAAGUUAUGUGUGACAAAUUACGUUCCUCUCGUCCAAGAUUAGGAAAUUUUGGAUCAUCUUAUCGUGAAAGAAAAGAAGCUGUACGUCAAGUAUUUUUAUUCACUAAUCAUUUAUUGAUUACUGCUCGUACUAAUAAUGGUAAAUUAAGAUUAGUCAAAAACUGUGGUAAAAUCUCAUUGGUUGAAUGUACUUUAGUUGAAGAUACCACAACAGAAUUAUUCAAUGUGGAUGAUGAAGAUCAAUUGAAUGUUACAAAUGAACAAAAAUGCCAACAAGACAAUACAUCACACAUGACAAAAAACAAUACAACACCAUUAAAUGUAAAUACUAAUGUUGAAUUAAAUACGCGUAAUUCUAUUCCAAUGAGUACACUUGGUACCACUCCUACUAUUAAUACUACUACAACGAGUAAUAGUAUUAGUAAUACUACAUAUGAAUUAGGUCAACAACUUCCACAGAAUUUACAUAAACGUUACAUAUGUCCAGAUUCAACACUUAAUCGAUAUACCUAUGUAAAUAAAUCAAAUCAAAUGGAUUCAAUAUCAAAGUCUACAACGAUAACAGGUACAGUACAACAACAAUCGAUUCCAUGUCUCUCUCCACAACAUAGACAUUCUACCUCAUUAUGCAUAGGAACUAAUAUUAGUAAUAAUGAGAAUGAAUUACAUGAUGCAGUGACAAACUGUUGUAUUACACCAAUAUGUAGUACGGAUAGUUAUUCUCCUAGUAUUAAUACAAUCGAUGAGGCUCGUGUAGUUUUAGUUACUACUGUUACUACAAUGACAACUGCUAAUAUUGUUACUGCCACUACAAUGAACUCCACUAAUACUUCUUCUUCCUCUAUUCUACAUGGUCGUAAUAAUUCCAAUGUAUCAUAUUCAACAAUAACUUCACCAAUAAUCACGACAAUAAUAACACCAGAUAUAAAUAUUACGAAUUCUAGUCCAUUAUUAACAUCAUCAUCAUCAUGUAUUCAACCGACAAGUCCAUUAUCAUUUUCAAUGUUACAUCGAUUCAGUAGUAACAUGGGUUUAUUUAAUUCAAUUAACAAUAACAACAAUAAUAAUACAUGUAUUAAUGACAAAACAGAUUAUGGUAAUUUGGAUUUUCGUUUAAUAUGGGAACCAAAAAAUGGUCAACCAACAAGUAUAUGGCUUGUUGCAUCAACAUUACAAGAGAAAGCUGCAUGGUGUUCUGAUAUUAGUCAAUGUAUUGAACAAUUGCAUUAUGGAGAUAUUUUAAAUUCAGCUCAAUCGGAUGUUUCUUCUGUAGCAAUGCCUCAGUCUAUUCGAUCGGAUCCAAAAUUGUUUAAAGAUGAUGUAGAUAUUAAAUUUAGUCAUACAUUGAAUUCAUGUAAAGUACCACAGAUUCGUUAUGCAACAGUUAGUCGUUUACUUGAUCGACUAACUGAUGCCAGAUUCUUAUCCAUAGACUUUUUGAAUACUUUUCUACUUACCUACCGUGUAUUUACCACUGGUCUGUCAGUGAUAUGGGCAUUAAAUCAAGUUCUAGCAAAUCCGGAUGUAGAAAAUGGUGGAAAUGCACUAUAUUCUAAUCAAAAUCAAUCAAUUACAUAGUGAGUGUUUACUACUUUUUCUCGUUGUUACUAUGCAACUUUUAAAGAACUUUUUGUUACGAAAUAUUAUUCUAAAAUAACUUGUGAGUAAUUCUAAAUUACGAAACAGUUAGGAGAUUCUCCGAGUAUUAUAUGGGAUGUUCACUGACUACACAGACUGGAAACCUAAUAAAAAUGGACUUUAACAAUUGUACUUUGACCGACUGAAGAGAAAGAAUCCGGGAAAGUCAGAGCUGAACUAGAGCAAGUCUGUUUAUGAAGUAACAACUAUAAACUGGGUAUACCACAAAAACAACAAACUACAAAGAGAAAGUAAGUGAUCAGAUAACAUCAAAGGUCAGUGAGAUAAAAUGAAAUUCAAAAAGUUAUCGAGAUCUUCCGUGAAAUAGAAGACCAGAAAAUUUAAGAUUUUAGGUGGUCGUAGAAGAAAAUGAAAAUUCAAACAGGAAGUUUCAGUUCUAUCAAAACUGCAGAUACAUCGUUUAUUCAGUGAUUAUGAACAUGAAAUGUAUGUCUAUAUGUUUCGACGCAUUAAUCUUAAGCAUUUAGAUUGAAACACAAUGAAUAAUGACGUUUAGACUACUGGCUACAUUGAUCUGUUUGAUUGACAGAUGCUGUGGGGGUUGAUGACUAAACUAUACAUGACACUCGUUUCUACUCUGCUCCUCCAAACAGUUAUCAUUUCAUUAUAACCAAUUCGCGGAGUGAGAAACUGGAAUUUAGAAAAAAUCUUAGGUUAGUUUUAUUCUAUUAUUUACAUCGCGUAAUGAAUUUAGUUAGAUAAAUUCAUUAAAAAUCGAGAAAUAUUGGAAAAAUCAUCAACAGUAUACAUCCACAACUUCUCCAGGAAUCGAGCCCAGGACCUUCGAGUCUUCCGGUGAGCUCUCAACCUUCAGAUCACUGAGUUGAAAUACAUUGGUUUGUAUGUCCAAAUUAAGUUAACCCAUGAUGUUUUACAACCAUCUUCCAAUGCCGUUAGUAGUGCAUGACACUCGAGAUGAUUGAACUUCACUGAUCACAGCCUCUUUCUUCUUCAAGUGUCAUGAUUUUAUAUAUUCUUCAAUCUUAUUCAGAAAUUUAUUCACAACCCAUAUUACCAAUCAUAUUGAUGAAAAUAUAGCGUUGAACUGAUGAUAGUGUUUGUAGAGCUGUGACUGCUGAAGAUUCUGCUUAAUAUCAAAUGUUAUUUUGAUUCUGAUUUAAAUGAAGCACCAUAACUUUCAUCAGUCUCAUGUUAAUUUCUAAGCCAUAACCGCUGGAAUCUAACCAUAUCGGCUGUGAGACAUUUAUUCAUCAUAGGAAACGGAUGAGAGUUAUGCAAUAAUGUGAAUUGAUUGAAGUUAGACAUUAACACCGUCGAAUGCCAGCUCAGUACUCAAGAAGUCAAGCAUUUGUGAGUUAAACCGAAGGUCCUGGGUUUAAUCCAUGUAAACGAGGUCGUGGAUGAGCACACUCCUGACUGUACAAUAUGUAAGCUAAAUACCAACAAUAUAAUACAUUCUUUGUCUUUUUUUUGUUUGUUUUUUGUGUUUGAAAUCUAUCCUAAGCUCUCAUUUUGAAAAUCCUGAACAACGUGAUCGAUUAUAUACAGCUAGACCAUCAGAAGUUUCAUUGAAUAUAAAUCGUUUACCUGUUUUAGAAGAAACUGUACAUAGUAACACAGAUGAUAUAUCAUCAAGUUCAAAUUCUAUUACACAAAUAGAAAAUCAAUUAGAAACUAAUAAUACUAAUACAACUACUAAUAAUAAUAAUAUAAUCAAUAGUAUAUCAAAUCAAUUAAUGACAAAUUUAUCAUUAAACAAACAAGAUUCAUUGAUGAACAAUGAAAUUUCAAUCACUUCAUCUCCAUUACCAACAACAGUUCAUUGUACUACUACUACUACUACUACUAAUAAUAAUAAUAAUAAUAAUAAUAAUAAUAAUAAUAAUGUAUCAAUGAAAUUGCAUAAAAAAUCAAUUCCUCUUCCAUUAUCUACAUCAGAAACAGUCAAAUAUUGUUCACCUUCUAUAACAAUAUCAAAUAUAAUGAGUCGAUCAGCAAUCAAUGAUAGUCAUAGUUCAUCAUUAUUAUUUGAUAAACAAUCUAAUAAACAUAUGAUAAAUAGAAGUUUUCAAUCAUCUACAAUUGUUACCAUUCCAAUUCAAACAACAUCUACAACGAUGUUAAUUCCACGUUCACCUAUUUAUAGUAAAUUUGUUGGUUUAAGAGAUGAUCCACCAUUAGAGUUGCCUAUUUUACCAAAUUUAAAAACAACGGAGAAAAAACAAAAACAAACGGAAUUCAAACAAAAAGUAGACAAUAUCAUCUUAUCUAAUUUAUCUUCAAUUGAACAAAAUGAAUCCAUGAAUAAUGUCAAAGAGCAUAUACGUUUAGCUCCAUUAGCAUCAUGUGAAGUAGUACCAGAUGAAUCGGAGACAAUCAAUAUUAAACAAGAAUCAUUCAAUAAUAAACAAUUAUCUGUAUCUAUAAACAAUAAUGUAAAUAAUAUAGACAAUCAAUAUCAAUCUAAUCCCGGUAUAACGAAUUCUCUCAAUCCUAAUUUACAUAAUAUAACAUGUAAUCAUUUAGAUAAUCAAUUGGAUCAAUGUAGAAAUGUGUUAAAUCAAGAAAAACAUUUCAAGUUGGAUCAUGUUGAAUUAACAAAACAGGAAGGAAUCAAAACAGGAGAACAAUACAAGCAUAAUUUAUUAGUAGACAUAUCAAAAUCAGAUGUGGCCAUAUCCAUUUCAUAUGAAAAUCAGCCAACUGAACAUUUUAAAUAUCCACCAACUGAAGAGAUUGAUUCUAAGAAUGUUACAAAGACAAAUGAGGAAAGUUUAGAUCAAUUAACGAUGUUGACUAAUCAACAACAAUUGAGUUUUCUUCACUGGCCAUCUAACAAUCUUAUUCAUAGCAGCAGCAAUAAUACUAAUAGUCAGUAUUCAAAACUAAAAAAAUCUCCAUCAUCACUUAAUUAUUCAAAUGACAAUAAUCGAUUAUUAGAGAGUUAUUUAAAUCAAACUAUUGGUUCAUCAUUACUGGCAGCAGAAACCAAUACAGAUCGGAUACAAUCACGAAGAAGUUUUGAUAAAGUUCCCGAAGAUAAUAUACAACAACAAGUAUCAUUGAAAUGUCAAAAACAAUUAAAAGAUACUACUGAAUUAUUAAAUCAUACUUCAAUGAAACAAUCAACAAUCAUGUUAAAAUCAUCAUCAUUAACAAUCAAUAAUACAACCAAAUAUUAUCCAGUUGCUGAGAGUUUAGAUUUAGCUACACGAUUAACAAUUUUAAAAAAAUCCCCUAAAUCAUUUACAGCAUGUCAAUCAUUAGCAAAACAUACAAUGAUUGCAGCAUUAAAUUGUUCUGGUGCAUUUGUACAUUUAAAACCAACCACAAUAAUACAAUAUCCAAUUCAUCAAUCAUCCAAUGAUGAACAUGAUAAUCAUAAUCAUACACAAUUAAAAUAUUUAGAUAAUUAUUUACAAUGUAAAAAUAUAAUGAUUCGAUCAUCUCCAUCAAGUCCAAAUAAGUAUUCAACAGAGAUUUGUUCAGAUAUUAAAAAUGCAAAACAAUGUGUGAAUAUACGUGGUACCUCUCAAGAAAGCGAGAACACUGAUAUAGAUUCAUUGAAAACUGUCAAACAUGUUUCUACGAAAUCUACUGAUGUUUUAGAAACUUCAACAAACAUUAAACAGUCAAUUCAAAGUCAUAACAAACAGACUGGAGUAGUCAAUUCGAAUCAAACAACAAAUGAAUUGCGUCAAACUAUUCGAAAAGUCAAUGGAAAAGAAAUGGACCAUUUAGAUGAAAACAAACCAUCCUUGGAAACAAUCAAUUCAUUAUCAUCAAAUAACAUUCAACGAAUUUCAGAUAUAAUGUUGAAAGAUAGAAAAGAUUCACUUAUUCCUCAACAAUUAGGAAUUAAUGACUGUGCCAGAGGAUCUGUAGUAUCAUGGUCCGGAGUUUCAAAUGUAUCAAAACCUAAACGUCCAUCAGUGUUCUCAUGCCCUGAAGCAGAAAUUGAAUCACCUAGAUCAAGUGUUAUAAAUCCAUCUCUUAAUGAAUUAGCUUCUAAUAAACGAACUCGACCAGGAGCAGUGGUCACUUCAUCUAGAAGAUCAAAACGACGAUCGAGUAACACAGCAGCUGCUCAAGCAUUUGCAGUCGCAACAGCAGGCAGUGCUAAUCCUCUAGCUGCAGUCGGAAUUAUGGGUUUAGGACCAAAUCUUUUUCGUUCUAGUGGUUAUCGUUUCACUGCUGGUACAGCGACUUCUGUAGCUUCACAAACUGGUCUAAGAUCAGGCCUAAUUCCUCAUUCCAAUCCUUCUAUUGGUAACAUUACUAAUAGUCCAAUUAUCAAUAGUGGUAGUAAUAAUAGUAGUAAUGUUAUGACUACAGUUUUAAUCAAUCGUUCACAAGUUCAAAAUACUCCUAACUAUACUUAUCCACUAUCUCCUGGUAUUUCUAAUAAAGUAAUGUCACUAACAACCAUGGGAACAAGUGGAACAGUAGUAACAACAACAAUAAUGACUUCAUCAAUGGUAUCAACAACACCGACAGCAAAUACUACAUUUCGUUUAAAUUUAAAUAAGAGUGGACUGAAUCUAAAUACAACAUCAACACCAGGAACAAUAACAAAUACUAAUUCAACAUCAAAUAACAAUACAUUCAAUUUUCAUCCGUAUAAUUUAACCAGUCCAACUUUAUUACAAUCAUCAUGUCUUGGUGUUGGAUCCAGUACAGGGCAUUGUACAAAUCAAGCAAAAAGAAAUACAAUGUUAGCGACAGCAUCAUGUUUACGUGUAUUGAAUGUUGUAAGACAUUGGAUAACUAAAUUUCCAGAUGAUUUUGAAAGUGAUCCGGUUUUAAAACGAGAAAUGCAAACUCUAUUAGAUACUUUAGUCACUUGUCCUCAUUUAAUGCCUAAUGAUCAAAAAGUAGUUAAUCAAUUAUUACUUCAAAUGAUUUCUGAUCAAUUAGUACAAGAUAGAAUUGAUCUUGAUAGUAUAUUAACUCCAAGACAAAUCCCAUCAGAGAAAAAUUUUGAUCAACUAUCUGCAUUGGAUAUUUCAGAACAAUUAACUUUUCUAGAUUUUCAAAUAUUUCGGUCAAUACGUAGCGAGGAAUUACUUAAUCAAUCUUGGAUGAAAUUAGACAAAGAAGAGAAAGCUAAACAUGUUCUGCUUGUUUGUAAACGAUUCAAUGAGGUUAGUCGCCUAGUUGUUUCUGAGAUUAUAUCACGAACAGAUUUAAAUGAUCGAGUUAUGUGUAUUGAUAAAUGGGUUGCUAUCGCUGACAUUUGCCGGUGUAUGCAAAAUUACAAUGGUGUAUUACAAAUAUGUUCAGCAUUAGUCAAUAGUUCUGUAUAUCGACUUAAACGUACCUGGGAACGUGUUAAUAAACAAACAAAACAAUCAAUUGAUCGUUUACAAAUGCUUGUUGCAUCCGAUGGACGGUUUAAAUCAAUGCGUGAAGCUUUACAUAGAUGUGAUCCUCCUUGUAUUCCUUACCUUGGAAUGUAUUUAACGGAUUUAUCAUUUAUUGAAGAAGGUGCAUUGAAUAUUACAGAGAAUAAUUUGGUCAAUUUUUGUAAAAUGCGUAUGAUAGCUCAUGUGAUACGUGAAGUUCAACAAUAUCAUCAAACACCAUAUCUUAUAACGCAUAGACAAGAAGUUACUGAUUAUUUAUUAGAUCCAUCAAGAUUACUUGAUGAAGAACAAACUUAUCAAGCAUCAUUAAUUAUUGAACCAAGACAAUCGAUUAAUCGACAAUCUUUAUCAGGAUUUACAUAAUCAAUCAAUCAAUCAAUAAUAUGACAUGGAAACUAGAAAUCAAGAUAUUGAUUAUUUUCUAUAUAUUUAAAUAAAUAUAAAUGUAUCAAUAAUGAUUAAAGAAUUAAUUGCCUUGUUGUCAAGUGUUUGUUUUAUUUUUUAUUUUCUUUCCAAACUAUAUUCUUUCUUGAUUGUUUUCUUUUGUACUUCUCUUUUAUAUCAUUUAAAUGUAUUAAAAAAACAAAAGGAGUACUUUAUUUGAAUUUAGUUACUAAGUCAAUAUGUUUGCAUUGAUAUGUGAUUGGAAAACAAAAAAAAAGUGAUUUAUGUUUAUCAUCUUUGAUUUCUAUAUUGAUUGAGGGUUUGUUUUUUCUGUUUAUUAUGUAAUCAUUAUUUGUGAUUUAUCAAUAUGACCAUUGUACAUUCCAUAAUACACUCUUUUUUUUAAAUUCUAGGCAGUUUUCUUUUUUUGUUGCUUUGGUUUUGGACAUAAAUGUCAUUUUCAUUUGGAUUCUAUAAGAAGAAAGUUAACUACUAUCUAUUACAUAAUAAUAGUAAGAGUUAUAACUAGUUAUCUUUGAUUGUUUUUUUCUCUCUGAUCAUUCUUUCAUCUAUGAUUUAUCUAGUUUAUUUUCAUUGUAUGUGUGCUCAUACCCUCUUGACCAUCAAUAUGACCAGCCCUCUCUCUCUCUCUCUCUCUAUAUAUAUAUAUAUAUAUAUAUAUAUAUGUAUGUAUAAGUUUCUUUAGAUUAUUUCCUUUUGUCUGUUCCUAUGCAACAUUCCAUUAGUGGUUUUAAUGUGUUCAAAGAAAAGAAAUGAGAAAACAAAAUACUUUUUCCAUGACAGGUUGUAAAUUGCCUAAUUUCUUAUUGUUUCUCUCUCU